UGCCUAGUCUGUGCAAAUCAGCUGAUCCUGUGUGCUGUGUGUUUUUGCAAGUGUAUUUGUGCGUGUGCGUGUGAAAAUUGUGUACGUGUGUGUCUGCGCGUGUGUGUCAUGUCCUAGUGUAUGAGUGAAGUUGUUAUCCUUAAAGACAUUUGAGCAACACGUCGUUUGGCGGUUCCAUAGCGGAAGCACUUUUCAAACAGCUUGGCGAAAGUAUAUUAAACAAAACAAUGUUCCGUGUACCCACUUUGAUGACGCGGUUUUGUCGCCGGUAUAGCAGCGAACCCUUCGCGAAUAGUAUCGGACAAAUAAGUCCGUCUCUGAUUGACAUCAUGCCGGAAGUGCGCGAUGUCCUUCGUCAAGCACCCCAGCUGGUAGUGGCCUUAGAAUCAACCAUCAUUACGCACGGAAUGCCGUAUCCGCACAACCUGGAUACGGCGCUGGAGGUGGAGCAAAUCGUGCGCCAGCAGGGUGCAGUUCCAGCCACGAUAGCGAUUGUAGGCGGACGGAUAAAGGUAGGUGUUGGGGCGGAUCAACUACGCUUACUGGCUCAGCCCGAUAGCAAUGCGACGGUGAAAACGUCGCGCCGCGACAUGGCGUACGUGCUGGCGGCGGGACUUAACGGCGGAACGACCGUAGCCGGAACGCUACUGGUUGCCCAGACCGUCGGCAUUCGAAUCUUCGCGACCGGCGGUAUUGGAGGUGUGCACCGUGAGGGUGAACGGACGAUGGAUGUUUCAGCAGACCUUAUCGAACUGGGACGCUGUCCGGUGGCGGUCGUUUCGAGCGGUGUAAAAUCGAUUCUGGACAUCCCACGAACGCUGGAGUACCUGGAAACGCAGGGCGUGUGCGUUGCAACGUACGGCAGCGAAAACCGCGAAUUUCCCGCCUUCUAUACACGCUCCAGCGGUUCCAGGGCACCGUACAAUCUUCCCGAUGCGACAGCGGCUGCCAAAGUGCUGCACAUCAAUCGGAAGCUUGGUUUGCGCUCCGGAAUUCUCAUCGGUGUCCCGAUACCAGAGCGGUAUGCGCUUGAUAGCGAUGAAAUGGACAAAGUGAUCGCCGAAGCGCUACGUGAUGCGGAACGGAAACAAAUUCACGGCAAGGAGGUAACGCCCUUCAUUUUGUCGGCGGUGUCGCAGUUGACGCUGGGGAAAAGCCUUGACGCAAAUAUGGCGUUGAUAAAAAAUAAUGCCCAUGUUGCUGCUGAGAUUGCGGUAGAACUGAAUCGUAUAGAAAAUGGUUCAACAGUAGAAACUCAGGAUACCCAGAGUGCUGCAAAAAUAUCACCUGUUGGUGCUCCGCUUAUCAUCGGUGGUUCCGUUAUCGACGUGUGUAUCACUGUUCUGGAAGACGAUUGGAAGCUCGACGGGGCAACGUACCAUGCCAACCAGACCACGUCACCAGGCGGUGUAGCGCGCAAUAUCGCCGAAGGGAUUUACAAAAUUUAUGGAAACGUUAAUCUAAUUUCGGCCGUUGGCAAUGACCAAAAUGGGGCCUAUAUUCGGCAGCUACUGCCAGAUCAUUGCGGAGCAUCGAUUGUCACCCUUGGCACCUGUCCAACGGCCAGCUUUUCCGUGCUGCUCGACCGAAGCGGAGACUGUCGGCUAGUUGUGGGUGACAUGGCCGCCCAUCAAGCCAUCACGCCGGAAUGGAUUAAAUCACAUACCCACUUGAUUCAGCAAGCGCCACUAACCGUGAUCGACGCAAAUAUUAGUGAAGCGGCCAUGAUGACUGUGUUUGAAGAGUGUCUACUAUACAAUAAGCCGGUUUUCUUCGAACCGACCGACAUGCGAAUCGCGGCUCGACCCUACACCAGAUCGUCCCAGAUGGCCGCCCUUGCCCGGAAGGUCGUCAAAUUCACCUCGCCGAACCUCUACGAACUACGGCAGCUGGCCCAAGCGCUUCACUAUCCCGGCCCGAUCGCAACUACCACGCUGGAAGAGUACGCCACCGUGGACGAGCUGCUGGCCGAUCUGAAACCACUCGGUGCGUACGUUAACUCGACGAUCGACCAUGUCCUAGUCACGCUCGGUCAGUACGGUGUGGCCGUGUUCCGCAGGUGUCCGGAACCGGUGCCCUUCUUUGAGCCCGAUGGAAAGUACGCGGAAGUAGCAUCCCGGCAGUCCCAGGCACGCUUCUAUCCCAGUCGCAAGCAUACGCAAAUCGUGAACGUUUCCGGAGCGGGCGAUAGUUUUACGAGCGGAUUUAUUGUGGCCGCCAUUGCGGGACGUUCGGAGGCGGGCUGUGUGGCCGUGGCUUUUGAGGCGGCCGGAUGUGCGCUCAGGGCGCGCGGUGCCGUUGCCGAGCGGUACUUCGACCAGACGCACCCAUGCUGGACGGAUGGCACGGGUGCCAGUUAUCGUACGUUCUAAGAACGAUCCAAACACUGCUGAGGCCACCUCUCGGGUCUACCCCAAAGGUGGAUCGUCCCACCCUGUGCGGCACACGAUGUUCCAAAACACUCUACCUCACGUUCUACCGGACGUUUUUAUCGGUUUUCUUCUAACCCCCGGACGACUAUUGUUUUACUACGACACAGGGUAGGGCGAGGCAUACAAUCUAUAGCUCCAUGUCGCACGGCAGGAAAAUAACCCAGGAUAGAAUGCCCUCAAACAUAAGACAAUUCGCAUGGGAAACGUAGAGUUCCCACAUAGCGUUGCAAGGCCAUAUUUUAACCAAUGAAUGAGCUAUCGCAGUAUUUCUUUUCAUAUACACGAAUGCAUUUCACACUGCAGUAAAUAAUUCAUUUGCAUGUAACAAUUUUCUAAUUCUCCAAUAAAACGACAUUCCUAUGUCGUUGUUUUCUUGAC